CGGAGCGCGGGGGCGGAGCGGAGCGGGCCGGGCAUGAGGAGCGGCGGCGGGACGCGGAGCCGCCAGCGCCCCCCGCCCGGGGCCGCUGCGCCGUGGGCAGCCCGGCGGAGCCCGCCCUGAGGCGCCGGUCCCCGGGGAUACCGCUCCCGGUGACCCCCCGCCGUUCCCUCGCCCCGUCCCGCCGCGGGAGCCGCCGGAGGGGGAGCUGGGCUAUGCGGUGGUGGCUGCGCGCCGCCGUCCUCAGCCUGCUUGCCGGCGUUGAGGGCAGCGGCCAGAGCCCGGCCCGGGCCGUGGUGGGGCGGGUCGGGCAGAGCACGGUGCUGGGCUGCGACCUCCUGGACGCCCACGAGGCCCGUCCCCCGCUCUACGUGAUCGAGUGGGUCCGAUUCGGCUUCGUCCUCCCCAUCUUCAUCAAGUUCGGGCUCUACUCGCCGCGGGUGGACCCGGAGUACAUUGGUCGCGUGCGGAUCGAGGAAGGCGCCUCGCUGCGCAUCGACCUCCUGCGCGCCGAGGACCAGGGCUGGUACGAGUGCCGCGUGCUCUUCCUCGACCGGCACAGCACCGACGCCGACUUCCAGAACGGCACCUGGAUCCACCUCACCGUCAACGCCCCCCCCACCUUCCUGGAGACCCCUCCUGCAUUCGUGGAGGUGCGGGACCGGGACGCGCUCAGCCUCACCUGCACGGCUGUGGGCAACCCCCAGCCCGUCGUCGUCUGGAAGAGGAGCGACCUGGCUGUCCAGAGCGGGGACACGGUGCAGGUGAGGAACGGGACGCUGAGCAUCGCCGUGGUGGAGCGCGCCAGCGCCGGCACCUACACCUGCCACGCUUCCAGCAAGGAGGGCACCGUCACCCACACCACCCGCGUGCUCGUGCAGGGGCCACCCGUCAUCGUGGUGCCGCCACAGAACGUCACCGUCAACGUCUCCCAAGAUGCCUUUCUGGCGUGCCAGGCUGAGGCGUACCCGGGAAACCUCACCUACACCUGGCUCCAGGGCAGCAGCAACGUCUUCCACCUCAGCCGCCUCCAGGCUCGCGUCCGCGUCCUGGUGGAUGGGAGCCUCUUGCUCCAGCGAACGACCCCGGACGACGCCGGCAAAUACACCUGCAUCCCCAGCAAUGGGCUGUGGAAGCCGCCUUCUGCCUCGGCCUUCGUCACGGUGCUGUAUCCGGCGCGGGUGACCGCAAUGCUCCCCGAGACCCACCUGCCCAAGGGGAUGCGGGGGGUGAUCCGCUGCCCCACCAGCGCCAACCCGCCGCUGCUCUCCGUCAGCUGGACCAGGGACGGGCGCCCGUUGGAGCUGGACAAGCUCCCCGGCUGGUCCAUGACACCGGACGGCUCCAUCGUCAUCGCGACGGGGAACGACGACGUGCUGGGGGUGUACACCUGUACCCCGUACAACAGCUACGGCACCGCCGGCGAGUCCCGGCCCACUCGUGUCCUGCUCAAGGACCCGCCGGCCUUCACGCUGCGCCCCAAGGAGGAAUACUUCCAGGAGGUGGGCCGGGAGCUGGUGAUCCCCUGCAUCGCCCGUGGGGAUCCCCCCCCCACCAUCACCUGGCAGCAGGCGGGCGGCGCGGGGAAGAGCAGCGCCCGGGUGGAUGUGAACGGCAGCCUCGUCCUCCGCCCGCUCGCCAAGGAGCAGCACGGGCUCUGGGAGUGCACGGCUGCCAACCGCGUGGCCAGCGUCAGCGCCGCCACCACCGUCCACGUGCUGGGCACCAGUCCUCACGCCGUCACCAACGUCUCCGUGCUCCCGCUCCUCCUGGCCGCCAACAUCUCGUGGGAGCCCGGCUUCGACGGCGGUUAUUUCCAGCGGUUCAGCGUCUGGUACACGCCGCUGGUGAAGCACCCGCCCCGCGCCCACCACGAGUGGGUGUCGCUCUCGGUGCCCGUGGGGGCUCAGCACCUCUUGGUGGAGAAUCUCCAGCCAGACACCAGCUACCAGUUCAGCGUCCUGGCCCAGAAUAAGCUGGGCAGCGGCCCCUUCAGCCAGAUCGUUACCUCCGUGCCCAGGGGCCUCCCAGUGACCACAGUGCCUCCAGAGCCACCGGCCAUGACCAUGCGCGUCUUCCUGUCCCCGCCGCAGGCUCUGAGCGCCAACGAGACCGCGCGCGGGGUCCUGCUGCGGUGGGAGCCCCCCGGCCAGGCCUCGGUGGCGCUGAGCGGGUACGCGCUGGAGCUGCGGCAGGACAAGGGCGGAUGGGAGGUGCUGGAUCGCUCCAUCCCCAGCACCAAGACACAGGUGCUGGUGCCGGGACUCAUCAAGGACGCCUUCUAUGAGUUCCGCCUGGUGGCCUUUGCCGGCAGCUACAUCAGCGAUCCCAGCAACACGGUGAACGUCUCCACGGCAGGUAUGGAGGUGUACCCGUCCCGCACGCAGCUGCCGGAGCUGCUGCCGCAGCCGGUGCUGGCCGGGGUCAUCGGUGGGAUCUGCUUCCUCAGCGUGGCCAUCAUCUUCAGCACCAUGGCCGCCUGCAUCAUGAACCGCCGGCGGGCUGCACGCAUCCAGAAGAGAAGGCAAGAUCCACCACUCGUCUUCUCCCCCAGCAAGAAGCUUUCACCUCCACACAAUUCUGCUGGCGCUGGUAGCCCAGACAGCACCGUGAAGCUGAAGCUGCAGCCGUCUCCCUACCGGAGCCUGCGCCGGACGCUGCUGUGGGGCGAGAAAGCCGGCACCAGCCUGGGGCUGAGCAUCGCCGGCUCCCGCUACGCCGUGUACGAGAGCCACGUCGGGGAACACGUGCCCCUGGAGCGCAUCUGCCGCGGCCCCGACGGGCGCUUCGUGGUGGAGACCGAGGCGCAGGAGAGCGGCCGUGGGGCGCUGGAGCCGUUCACCCCCCGGGACCCGCAGCCCUAUGUCCAGCCGCCCGCCGAGGAGGAGCCCGUGUGGCACAAGGGGGUCUCGCUGCGCCCCCGGUCUGCGGGGCAGCCCCACCGGGACACCAGAUACCGCCGCGGCCGCUACUUCGGCUACGGCAGCAGCAGCAGCCCCGUGGACGAAGCUGCCGCGUUGUGCAUCGUCGACAUCAGCCCCGUGGCCUCCGCCGCGACUCUGCCUUACAGCACCACGGAGGAGCUGCGCGGCAACCCCGGCAGCGCCGGGCCCUGCCAGCGCCCCGCCAGCGCCCUGUGGGACUCGUUGCCCCUUGAGGGCUCCCCCCGGACCCCCCCGGCUCCCACCAGCCCUCCGGUGCAGAGCGGGAUCCUGCAGUACCUGAGCCUGCCCUUCUUCAAGGAGAUGUGUGUCGAUGGCGACUGGCCGGAGGAGCCGGCGGAGCCCCCCGACACCAUCACCCAGCCCAAACCCACCGCCAGCCCCCCGCCAGGCUCUGGGGGCUCCCCGCAGCGCGCGGGGCGGACGCUGUGCCCAGACUGCAUCGACACGUGUGCCAACGCCACCUCCCCGCCGGCCACCGCGUUCCUCCGGCCCCCCAGCCCGCCCGUGGGUCCUGCCAAGGCCUCGCUGCCCGGCACGGCCGCCUGGCCCGGCUCCCCCAGCCCGCAGCCGCCCGCCAGCGGCAGGACUGAGCCCGCGCCCUCGGCCGGCACCGCGGAGCCGCCUCCCCCGGAGAAGCUGCCGCGGGGCAGUUUGACCAGCCAGAGCAGCGGCCGGGGCAGCGCAUCCUUCCUGCGGCCGCCCUCGCUGGCACCAUCCCUGGGGGGCACCGGCGGCUCGGUGGCGGAGGAGGGCAGGGCGAGGAUGGAUCCGGCGCUUGGCGGGAAGAGGAACACAUCGGUGGACGAGAACUACGAGUGGGACGCGGAGCUGACGCUGGAGUCCGACAUCCUGGCGGCGCUGCAGCUGUACCGGAGCGGGGACCCGGCACGGCCCGUCUCCACCAUCGCCCUGCGCGACCUGGAGCGGCAGAAGCCCGGUGGCGGCUCGUCCCCGGUGAGCUCGGUGUCAGCGGAGGCGUUGGCGGCGGAGCGCGGCACAGCCCUGCGCCAGGAGCUGGCGGCCGCCCGGCGCCGCAGGGAGGGGGCCCAGCAGCGGCGGCAGCGCCUGAGCCCCCGGCGCGGGCGGUGGCAUCCGCCACUGCCGCACCGGGACCGCGGGAUCGGCGCCGCAGAUCACAGCAUGGCAAACCGGGGACCAUCGUACGGGCUGAGCCGGGAGGUGCAGCAGAAGAUCGACCGGCAGUACGACCCCGAGCUGGAGCAGAUCCUGGUGCGGUGGAUCCUGGGACAGUGCGGCGGGGACGUCGCGCAGCCGGCGCCCGGCAGGGACGGCUUCCAGCAGUGGCUGAAGGACGGCACCGUGCUGUGCCGGCUCAUCAACAGCCUCCACCCGCGCGGCCAGGGGCCGGUGGCCAAGAUCCAGGCGUCCACCAUGGCCUUCAAGCAGAUGGAGCAGAUCUCUCAGUUCCUGCAGGCGGCCGAGCGCUACGGCAUCGCCGCCACCGACAUCUUCCAGACCGUCGACCUGUGGGAAGGGAAGAACAUGGCGUGUGUGCAGAGGACCCUGAUGAACCUGGGCAGCCUGGCCGUGGCCAAGGGUGACGGGCUCUUCGUGGGAGACCCCAACUGGUUCCCCAAGAAGUCACAGGAGAACCGGCGCGUCUUCUCCGAGGACAAGCUGAAGGAAGGGCAGAGCGUCAUCGGGCUGCAGAUGGGCACCAACCGGGGCGCCUCGCAGGCCGGCAUGACGGGCUACGGCAUGCCCCGCCAGAUCCUCUGAGCGCCGCACCGCCGCGGCACGGCCCCCCCGGGCCACCCCGCCCUGCCUUAACCCCCCCUCCGCGGACCAGCUGGGUGCCCCCCGGCACCCACCCCCCUGCCAGUAUUUCCAGGACCAAAGUCUUUUUUUAUUAUUAUUAUUUUGGUGGGUGCGGGCGCCGCUGCGCUCACACCCCCUGUGCCUUGGGGGCGCGGUGCCCCCCGUCCUGUGCCCCAAUAAACGGCUCGUCUUCUUUA